AUGCUUCUAUCAACAACACGUCGAGCAUUUCAAAAGACUGCUGCUGCUCAUGUUCAUUGUCGUAUGCAAUCAACAACACGCUUGGAAGCCUUGCGGAAAGCAAUGUCGCAAUCGAAUGACAAGAUCGAUGCCUUUGUGAUCCCAUCCGAGGAUGCCCAUCAGAGUGAAUACACGGCAGAAUGCGAUAAUAGACGCGCUUGGAUAUCAGGCUUUACAGGAUCAGCAGGAUGUGCUGUAGUUACCCAGGAUACUGCAGCAAUGUUUACCGAUGGCCGAUACUUUUUGCAAGCGUCACAAGAAUUGGAUCAAAGCUGGACAUUGAUGAAGCAAGGAUUACCAGGUGUGCCAACUUGGAAGGAAUACCUCAUCAAAAAUCUACCAUCAGGAUGCCGAAUUGGCGUCGAUCCAACGCUUGUUACGGCAGCGGAUGCUGUUGCCCUUGGGAAUGAACUUGCAAAGGUGUCUUCGACCUUGGUGCCUGUCAGUGAAAAUCCAGUGGACACUAUUCGUCAAGAUAGACCAGCACGGCCCACCAACCCUGUCGUCGCUCAUGACAUUGAAUUUGCUGGCAAAAGUCGAGAAACCAAACUAGAUGACUUGCGAGACGUGAUUAGGAGCAAAGGAUAUGAUGGCACCGUUGUAUCAGCAUUGGAUGAAAUUGCCUGGUUGCUCAAUCUCAGAGGAAGCGAUAUCCAUUGUUGUCCCAUCUUUUUCGCUUAUUGCGUUGUCACCAACAAUGAUGCAGUGUUAUAUAUCAACAAUGCCGACAAACGAUUAUCGCAGGAUAUUCAACAACAGCUGAAAGGAUCAUCCAUACAAUUGCGUGACUAUGAUCAGAUUUUUGACGAUCUUCAACGUGUCAAAGGAGAACAACGUUAUGUCAUCGACCCUACAUUGACGAAUCUUUCUAUUGUUCAGGCGUUGGGUGGUUUGGAGAACGUGGGUCAAGAGCCAUCAUCCAUUACACUUGCAAAGGCCAUCAAGAACGAUGCUGAACUUUCUGGUAUGCGAGAGUGCCACAAGCGAGAUGGUGCAGCUGUGAGUCGACAUUUUGCAUGGCUAGCAGAUAUGCUGUGCAACCAACAAAGAAAGAUAUCAGAAGCGGAUGCAGCAGCUCAUCUAGAAGAGAUGCGACGUCAAAAUCCCGAAUACGUCGGCAUGUCAUUUGAUACUGUGGCUGCAACAGGUCCCAAUGGAGCAAUUAUUCAUUACCAGCCCUCUCCCACACAUUCAGCCAUCAUUGAUCCUCGCCAAAUUUAUCUAUGUGAUUCGGGUGCACACUAUGUGGAUGGAACAACGGAUAUUACAAGGACCUAUUUAUUUGACGGUGAACCCACUGAAUUUCAGAAAAGAGCAUUUACACGAGUUCUGCAAUCACAUAUUGCUCUAGAUCAAGCGGUCUUUCCAAGCGGAACCUCAGGUUAUCAGCUAGAUACACUUGCUCGGGCACCCCUUUGGCAGGAUGGCCUUGACUUUCGACAUGGCACUGGACAUGGAGUUGGAGCUUAUUUGAAUGUGCAUGAAGGACCCCAUGGUAUUGGUGCUCGAGAUGCGUAUCGUCAGGUUGCAUUACAAGAAGGCAUGGUGGUUACAAAUGAACCUGGCUAUUAUCAGGAUGGCGAAUUUGGAAUACGAAUCGAGAAUGUAUUGAUUGUUAAGAAGGCUAUGACCCCAUAUCAAUUUGGUGGACAAUCUUAUCUGGGUUUUGAGCACGCAACCUUUGUACCUUUGGGACGGCGACUUUUGGAUCAGCAGAUUUUGACAGAUAAAUGUCGAGAAUGGAUCAACAAGUACCAUCAAGAAUGUCGAAAGGUGCUUGAACCGCAACUUGAAGAUGAUCGUCGGGCUCUCGAAUGGGUGGAAAAGGAAACUCAAGUUAUAUAG